CGUACUAGCGCAGUACUGCAGAGAGGGAUCCCCCAGCUGCUGCUGUCAGGAGCGUGCAGGAAUGUGUGUCUCCAGUCUCCUUGUGAGCGAAAUGACUUUAGGACAGCACUGCAGGAGUGUCUUCACUCCGUGCUUUAUAAGUAAACACAGUAUGAGUGUGUGUUCUGCUCCUGUAACUCACAGCUCUUGAAGUAAUGGCUCCAGAGCGAAGAAGGACGCUGUCUGUCUGCUGGCUAACCCGUUGAGGACAUAAGUUACCCGGGUCGCCAUGGCCUCUGUCACCGUCAGCUCGGCGGCUCAGAGCCCCGGGAAGAACCGCAAGUCCUUCUCGCUGCUCUUCUACCGGGCUGUGCGGGACCUGAAGCCGGUGUGGAUGCUGGAGGAAAUACGGACGAUGCAGACCUUUUACCAGGAGGACGCCAGCCAGAGGAGUUAUACCUCUUCGGAAGCAUUGCUAUACGCUAUAGUUCACGACCACCAGGCGUACGCCAAGUACCUGCUCAGCCGGUACACUGACCAAGCGCUAGCAAAGCCCGGGGAGCGCUUCUGCUGCUGCCCGUCCUCCGCCCCGCACCUGGCCAUGGCUGUCCGCUACGACAGGCGCUACAUCCUCGGCCUCAUCUUACAGGAGACACACCGGAUACCCAGCGCGACAUCCUACACGGACAGAGUUGGGUGUUUUCACAUGGAGGACGGCAGGACCCCCCUGCAUCUAGCCUGCGAGCUCCUGCGGCCCGAGGCGGUCAUCAUGCUGCUGGGGAACGGAGCGGCCCCGCAAGCCCCGGACCACAACGGCCUGACCCCGCUCGAUGUGAUUCUGGAGAAACUCAGGGAGGGUAAAGAAGCAAGAUGCGGGGAGGGGAGGCAGUGUCUGGACAACCUGCUCAUGUUCAUACCAAAGGUUCACUUUAAGAUGCAGGGGGCUCUGAGCAGAGAGCCGGAGCGAUGGAGCGAGGUGCUGGGGGAGGAGACGCUCAGCUAUCUGUCCGGAAGAAGCCCGGCGCCGCUGCUCCUCACCGCCAUGCAGACUAUACUGAGGCAGCUCAGCCCGGCCACAUUCCCGGACUGUCUGCACCAGCUACCCAUCCCCUCCUCCCUCAAACCCCUGGGCCUGCCCGAGGGCCAGCGGGACAUCAAGAGCGAUGUGUAGCAGCAGUGUGACAUGAUGCAUGCUCCAUUGUAAACAGUUGUAUCUUAGCAUGAUGUGUGAGAGUGUUUGAAGCCUGUAUGCAGAGGAGGAAGAAGUAUCAGAGUAUAGAAAUACUAUGUUACAAGUAAAAGUCCUGCAUUCAAAAUGUUACUCAAGUAAAAGUACAAAAGUAUUAGCAUCAAAAUAUACUUAAAGUACCAAAAGUACUUUUUUUAUUUAACCUUUAUUUAACCAGUAUGCAAAUUGACCAAUUGUUUUAUAAUUAUUGAUCAUUAAAGUGUUAUCAAAGCUGGUAAAGGUGCAGCUAGUUUUAAUUACUUUGACCAGGUUUAACUAAAUUCAUAUUGAAGUGUUGAAUAUCAUUUUAAUAAUGAUAUCUCCAAAUCUGCAGAGUAACUAAAGGUAUUCAAUAAAUGUAGUGGAGUAAAAGUACACAAUAUACCUCUGAAUUGUAGUGGAGUAGAAGUACAAAGUAGCAAAAACUGAAAAUACUCAAGUAAAGUACAAGUCCCUCAAAAUUGUGAAGUACAGUACUUGAGUAAAUGUACUAAGUACUUUAUAGCUCUGUCUGUAUGUGCACGAAGCAGUCAUUAUAUGGCUGAAAAGAUAACACUUAAGGUAAGGGGCAAUUACAUGAAUGUUAUCUAAAAAAUGACUUGUACCCACUGAUUGAGUUUACUUGAGGUUGACUGGAAACCAGGGAACGAACAGCCAUAUUCUGAAACUGUUUACACUAAUCCAGGCUUUAUUAUGCAUUCUAACCUCAUUCUGAAGUGUUAGCUGCAAAUACUACUGCUACUGAAGCCACUGAGCAGAGCAACACUGAACACAGUCUACAGGUACUGUUGAUUUUAAUUUAUUUAAACAGCAAUGGGAUCUUAUAGAUCAUUUGAGUACAGCCAGGUGACUUGUAAACUCUUUUGGAUGACUGCUUUUUUAAAUAAAUAGGAAUCCAAGUGA